AUGCGCGCGCUGGCGCGGCUGCUGGCAGCGGCAGGGCCCCACUUUCACAGCUCAGCGCUGCCGCCAGAGGUCGCGGCCGCCUUUCCUGAAUGGGCGGCGCUGCUCCUCCCAAACGCAUCACUCGGCGCGGCCCCAUCUGCUUCCAUCAUGGGCAACAGCGGCAGCAGGGUCACGGGCCUCCUUGCCACGCCGCCUGCCAGGUUUCCGGGCAAUUCGGCGCCGGUCGCAGGUCCCGGGGGCAGCGGGGACGGCGGCGGCGGCGCGUGGGACGCAGUUUCCGAGCAGCUCCUCACCGCUGACGGGGCGCAGCUGCAGGGAUUUGCCAAGCCGCGCGCCCUCAACGCCAGCCUGACUGAUUCCGUCGUCGGCCCCGCGCUGCUGCGCGCCGCGGGCCCCUGCGCUCAGAUGCUCUGGGAGACGUGGCGGCGAGGCGCCGACGCGCUGCCUUCGCUGUGCGCGCCGGGCUUACCGCCGCCGGCGGCGGUCAACGUGGCGGCCGUGCGGUUCCCGGGGCGCGGGGCGCCGAUGUGGGGGUGGGCGCGGGACCAUUCCAAGUGGGGCGUCAGCAACGGCUUUGGGCCGGCAUCGGCCGAAGGCCACCAUGCGUGCCAUGGGAGCAGCAGGGGCGUCGGCGACGGCGGCGGCGCUGGCGCGGCGGCGAGCAGGCGGCAGUACGACGCUUUCAAGGCGGUGUGUCUGUGCGACACAAAUCGCGCCGCGUGGCAGGCGCACCGCGGCGGCGCGUGUGUCUGCCUGGCCGGGCGGCCGGACGUGUGGGCUGCGUUCAGGUCAAUGAUCGCGGCGGUCGAGCCUUGCGCGCCGCCUGACGUCGCCGCCAGCCCGGGGGGCGCUGCGCGCGACGGCCACGCAGGCCCCCGGCAAGCAGGCGGCGCCAGCGCGGGAGCUGGGACGGAAUAG